CCCCCCCUACCUUUUUCUUCUCGGUUAUGAAAAAAAAACAGAAGCAUCCAAAAGGUAAGGUUGAAAGUUGAGACUCGAGAAAGAGAGAGAAAAAAAGAAUCCCAAAGCCGCUGUCUCAAUCCUCACACCGUUAUCUGCUUGGAUGCUCUCUGCAUCUCAGGCAACACACACAAAUGCUCUCUUACAAACUCCAUUAUUGUUAGCAAAUUUAUAUUCCUAAAAAUCUCAUAUACUACGAGGAAGCACUUACACCACAGAGCCUUAAUUUGUCUUUCGUCAAAAAAAAAAUCUCCAGGAUCACCAUUUUCCUCAUUCGAUAAGCGGCCCGUGAGUCUCAAUGACUGCUUGUACUUGGCUUGAUGUUGAUGUCAAUGGCAGUAAUAAUAGCAACAAAAAUACAGAUAACAAUAGUCCCUUGACCACGAGUGCCUCCAACAACAACAACAACAACAAUAGCAGCAGGAUGUCAAGGUGCUACGAGGAACAACCACGUAAUCAUCGUCAUCAUCAGCUGUCUAACGGAAAGAUGCUGAGAAAAAGGAUGGCUUCUGAGAUUGAGACGGAGGUUCAGACAUCCACCACAUGUACAGCCCCUGAUACCAACAAUAAUAAUGAUUAUACUAGGUUUUCCCGGCGAGUUGGCAGUAACACCACCGUGAAUGGUAGCUCUAGCUCGUUUCAAGGUGCUGGUAAUAACAAUCAUGUUGGUUCGGUGGACAACUUCACUGCAGCAGCUACUAUACCAAAUCCAAGUCAGACCAACAACUACUCCACUAUGCUUCCUUCAUCCACCACCAAUUUGACCAGUAUGACGUCAGUUGGUGGGUUUUUAUCUUGUGUUACUCCUCCCAACUUAAGUCCUGCGGCCCAGCCCCAACCCCAAAUAAGCACUACCCCUGCUGCUGUUUCUGUCUCUGUGUGCGGGUUCUCAGGCCUGCCCUUGUUUCCUUCCGAAAGGAGUCAAAAUAUUAGUAAUAAUACCACUACCAACAUCAACGGCAACAGCAGCAGAAGCCUUCCUAAUACUAAUAAUAAUAAUAAUAAGGCGAGUGUUUGUGGCGUUUCCAUGGAAGACGGCUCGGCGUGGAUCGACGGCAUCAUAAAGGAUCUAAUCCACAGCUCCAACAACGUGUCUAUUCCACAGCUCAUCCAGAACGUGAGAGAGAUUAUUUUUCCUUGCAAUCCUAAUCUUGCUGCUGUCCUUGAGUACAGGCUUCGCUCCCUAACUUCAGCCGAUCCCAUCCCAAAUUAUGCGCCGGCAGCAGCGGAACUCAGGAGAUCAAGGACUACUGUAGUGCAGCAACAAGCAGGCCAACAGACUCCGCUGCUUCCUGUUUCUACUUCUGAAGCUAUGAAUCAAUUGUAUCUGCACUGGGGAGUUACACCCCUUCCUACCGCUUCCCCUAACCCUACCGUCCAAGUUCAAUUGCAAGAGGAGCAACAACAACAGGAACACUCUUCCCCUCCAGAUACUGCAAUGUUAAUGCCGUCUACUACUACUACUACUAGUGCGACCACCCCAACUAAUAUUGUCCAUUCAAGCAGAGAGAGGAAAGAAGAGAUGCGUCAGCAGAAGAGAGACGAACAAGGCUUACACCUCCUCACCUUGCUCUUGCAAUGCGCCGAAUCUGUCUCCGCUGAUAAUUUUGAGGAAGCAAACAACAUGCUUCUGGAGAUUUCGGAACUUUCAACGCCUUUUGGUACUGCCGCGCAGCGUGUGGCUGCUUAUUUCUCCGAGGCUAUGUCCGCAAGACUGGUGAGCUCGUGCCUCGGAAUAUAUGGGUCGCUGCCCAAUUCAGGCCAUAGUUAUAGCCAAAAGAUGGCUUCUGCCUUUCAAGUAUUCAAUGGCAUCAGCCCCCUCGUCAAGUUUUCGCAUUUCACAGCCAAUCAGGCUAUACAGGAAGCAUUCGAGAGGGAGGAAAGAGUUCACAUCAUUGAUCUAGACAUCAUGCAAGGUCUCCAGUGGCCUGGUCUCUUUCACAUCCUUGCUUCUAGACCCCGCGGACCACCUUAUGUGCGCCUCACUGGCCUAGGAACCUCCAUGGAUGCUCUCGAGGCUACUGGCAAGCGCUUGUCCGAUUUCGCCGAGAAAUUAGGCCUUCCCUUUGAGUUCAUUCCUCUCGCAGAUAAACCCGGCAAUUUGGACCCAGAGAGGCUUAAUGUCAGCAAGAGGGAAGCCGUUGCUGUUCACUGGUUGCAACAUUCUCUUUACGAUGUCACUGGUUCCGACACCAAUAUGCUGUGGCUUUUGCAGAGAUUGGCACCAAAAGUGGUGACGGUGGUAGAGCAGGACCUGAGCCACGCAGGUUCAUUCUUGGGAAGGUUUGUGGAGGCAAUACACUACUACUCGGCACUGUUCGAUUCACUCGGGGCAAGCUACGGAGAAGAGAGCGAGGAAAGGCACGUGGUAGAGCAGCAAUUGCUAUCCAGGGAGAUCCGGAAUGUGCUGGCUGUUGGGGGCCCAUCGAGGAGUGGAGAGGUGAAGUUCCAUAACUGGAGGGAGAAGCUGCAGCAGUGUGGGUUCAAGCCCCUCUCUUUGGCAGGGAAUGCUGCCACCCAGGCCACCCUGCUUCUUGGUAUGUUCCCUUCCGAUGGUUACACCUUGGUUGAGGACAAUGGCGCCCUCAAGCUUGGUUGGAAAGACCUUUGCUUGCUCACUGCUUCUGCCUGGAGACCUCCAUUUCCUGCUACUACCUCUACCCAUCACUAUUGACUACACUUCUCUCAUUCUCACUACAUGCUCUGUUGUCCUUUUUUUUGUACUGAAAGAGGUAGAACUGUUGUCCUUUAUUUAUUUGUUACUUCCAACAUUAUUCAGUUAAUUACUAGCUAUGCUCUCCCUUGAUGAUUUAAUAAUUCAAACUGAUUUCAUUA